GUUCCCUUUAAUCCAUCCCUGGCUCUGUUUUUUUUCUUUUUCUUUUCUUCUUCCUGAGAUUGCAAGUGAGCGCUAAACUAACCUUACUUUGAUUUGAUGCGUUUUUGUUAUUAUGGUUACAAUCUUUGAUAUCAAAGUGUUUGGAGAACCUAAAAACCUCACUCUCAAAAAUACACUCUCUACAUUGAUUGAACAAUGCAAAAACCUUAAAGAAAUCAAAAUAAUUCAUACCCACAUUCUAAAAUCUCCAAUUUUACACACCAGAGAUCAAUACUAUCUCUUUACCCGUUUACUUUACUUUUGCUCUUUCUCUAAUUAUGCUUCUUUCAACUAUGCCAACAAUGUCUUUCACAUGAUCAAAUACCCCGAACUUCGCGUCUACAAUAUCAUGAUUAGAUCAUAUGGAUGUAUAGAAGGAGGUGAUGAUAGCAAUUGUUGUUAUAAGGCUUUGAUGUUGUAUAAGCAAAUGCUUAACAAAGGCAUUGUGCCGAAUAAUCUAACUUUUCCUUUUCUUGUAAAGGGUUGUAGUAGGUUGCAAUAUGGUGGUACUGUUGGUGAAGUUAUUCAUGCUCAUGUGUUAAAGUUUGGAUUUUUGAAUGAUGUUUUUGUUGGGAAUUCUUUGAUUAGUUUGUUUAUGAAUUUUGGGUUGUCAAAGAAUGCAAGGAAGGUGUUUGAUGAAAUGUUUGUUAGAGAUGUUGUUAGUUGGAACUCGAUGGUUGUUGGGUAUUUGAGAAAUGGUGAAGUUGAGAUGGCGUUGAAUUUGUUUAGGAAGAUGAAUGGGAGAAAUAUUAUAACUUGGAAUUCGAUUAUUACAGGUUUGGUUCAAGCCGGCCAUGCGAAGGAGUCGCUGGAAAUUUUCCAUGAAAUGCAGUUUUUGAGUGGUGAUGAUGUGGUUAAACCAGAUAAGAUUACAAUAGCGAGUGUUCUUUCAGCUUGUGCUCUGUUAGGUUCUAUAGACCAUGGGAAAUGGGUGCAUGCAUAUUUAAGAAAAAACGAUAUUGAAUGUGAUGUGGUAAUUGGAACAGCACUUGUCAAUAUGUAUGGAAAAUGUGGAGAUGUGCAGCAAGCAAUUGAGAUCUUUAACGAUAUGCCUGAGAAGGAUGCUUCGGCGUGGACGGCAAUGAUUUCAGUGUUUGCUCUUCAUGGAUUUGGUAAGAAGGCUUUUGAUUGCUUUUUAGAGAUGGAAAAAGCAGGAGUAAAGCCUAAUCAUGUGACAUUUGUUGGACUACUGUCGGCUUGUUCUCAUUCUGGUUUGGUAGAGCAAGGUCGCUGUUGCUUUGAUGUAAUGAAACGUGUUUACUCUAUUGAACCACAAAUUUAUCACUAUGCUUGCAUGGUUGAUAUUCUUAGUCGAGCGAGGCUCUUCGAUGAAGCACUGUUUCUCAUAAGAAGCAUGCCAAUGAAGCCAGACGUUUAUGUAUGGGGUGCAUUACUUGGAGGCUGUCAGAUGCAUGGAAAUAUAAAAUUAGGAGAAAAGGUAGCUCAUUAUUUGAUAGAUUUGGAGCCUCAUAAUCAUGCUUUCUAUAUAAAUUUAUGUGAUAUAUAUGUCAAAGCUGGUAAGUACGACGCUGCCAAAAGAAUAAGGAAUUCAAUGAAAGAAAGAGGAAUUGAAACAAAAAUUCCAGGCUGUAGUAUAAUUGAAAUCAAUGGAGUGGUUCAAGAAUUUUCGGUUGGUGAAAUUCCCAUGAAAGAGCUCCCAUUGGUCUUAGAUAGAUUAAGAAAUGAGAUGAAGAUAUGAAUUCAGUGAGUUACCAAGGGAACUUCUGAUGAGAAUAUCAUUAGUUAUUUAGCAAAAUCUACAUUUGAUUAUUCGACCUCGCAAGUUUUCCGCAGUGUCACAUGCCGUUGCAUAUGAGCUAGUACAUCACAAAAAAGAAAUACCAAGUUCCCACCUUUCUUAAUUUAACCAACUUGAAGAUUGUGUUUCAAGUGACACAUAAAUAUUGGCCUAAGAAGUGGAAGUGGUUAACAGAAGUGCUCCACCACUGUCCUAAGC